AUGAGGAAUAGAUCAGGAAAUGAAGGCAAAGAAGGGGAAAUACCGGACAGCGCUAAUAUGUGGAAUAUAUUGGCAGGCGUGUGCAUAUAUUAUCCACUCUCAAUUGGACUUACUUUCUUUCAGAAGUGGUUCAUUAAGAGUUACGAAUUUCCACUACUUGUCGUUACUUGCCACUAUGCCAUCAAAUACUUCUUUGCAAUGAUUAUUCGAUUUGUCAUGGAAUAUCGAGCAGAUAAACGCACUCGGAUUUCAUUCAAAGAUCAGCUCCAAUGGUUGGUACCAAUUGGCAUAUGUGCCUCGCUGGAUAUUGGUCUAUCAAAUUGGGGUCUUAAAUAUGUAACAGUAAGCUUUUUUACAAUGGCAAAAUCAAGCAGUAUUUUGUUUAUGGUUACAUUUGCCUUACUGUUACAUUUGGAACGAUGGCGACCUGUUCUUAUCAUAUCUGCUGGACUUAUUACAUUUGGCUUAUUUCUGUUCACAUGGAGAUCGGCUCAGUUCGAACUUCGUGGUUUAUUGCUGAUUGAAUUGGCAGCAGCAUGUACAGGGUUGAGAUGGACAGUUUCACAAAUCAUUAUGCAAGGAGAGGAAAAAUUGCUGAAACAUCCACUGGAUAUGGUUGCGUACGUACAACCGUGGAUGUUUCUUGCUAUUCUUCCUCUUUUUUUUAUGUAUGAAGGCUCACAGCUCUCGUUUGAUAAAGUGACAUAUUACCGUAAUGAACAUGCACCUUUCUAUGUUUUAUUUUUUAUUUCAUUUGGGGGUCUAUUGGCUUUUGCAAUGGAAAUGGCAGAAUAUCUUCUUCUCGUAUAUACAUCGGGCAUCACAUUAAACAUAUUCGGGAUAAUCAAGGAAGUAGUAACAUUAUCGUUGGCGCAUUUUGUUAAUGGGGAUUAUUUUUCCUUGGUUAACACAAUCGGUUUACUGCUGUGUUUCUCUGGUAUGCUUUUGCACGCUUUUUCAAAAAGAACAUUACUAAAGGCCCGCACAAAACCACGAAUGCCGGACAGGAGAAGACUGUUGACGGAUGUUGAUGCAUAA